GUAACCGCCGCAUUCUCGAGCGUUCGUCUCUUCGUACGGCAGCCAGACACGUCUCGUCCUUGUCGCGUCGAGAGAUCCGUGUUUAAUUUCGCGCGUUUGUAAAUCGUAUCUCGUGUGUCGGUGUUUGCCAAGGAAGAAGAGAGAAUCGGAGAGCGAUUGUAAUAAAUAACGGCGCGACAACGGUUGCCGUGAUCGCGUGUGCCUCGCGUUCGCUGGUUCGCGGUGCUUCGCCGCUACUCUUUUUCCGGUGCGAGACAGUGCGAGACAGUGCGAGGAUAUAUUAGAGCGUAGAUAUCGGUCGUAACGCGGGCGUCUCGAAGCGUCUCCUUCGAGGGCCGCGCGCGAGACGCGAGUUUUUCCCUGGGGAGUGAAGUGACGCCGCGGAUUCCCGCCAUCGCCAUCGUUGACGGCGCCAUCGCGGACUUGGGUCGUUCGCUCCGCUCCGCUCCGGUCUGUCCGGGCUGUCCGUCGCGUAGGCGUAGCGGUGCGGUCGAGUCGGGCGUCGUCAGGCGUCGCGCUACGCGUUCCGCGUUCGUCCUCUCGCGGCUCAUGUGCUCGCGAGCCGCGCCGACGGAGACGACGGAGUGCGCGCGAGACGGGAGGUGCAGGUUGACGUUAUCGUUGUCUUUGUCGUUAUUUCGAGCGCCGGUUGUUAUUUCUCGGACGAGUAGUGCGCGCGGUCGGAAUCUAUUCUCCUUUCGUGGAGCGGAGUGACUCGAGAAAAGAGAAAGAGAGAGAGAGAGAGAGAAAGCGUCGUUUAUUAUGGGACAAGUCUCCUCGAGCACAAAGACUAAUUAACAAAGGAAGAGAGAAUUGACCGUAUUUCUCAAAUAGUACAUGAAAUAAAGUGAUACAGAAUAAAAUAAUGUGAAAAAAAGUAUACGAUACUAAAACCGAAUAAAGAAAAUAGACGCGUGUAUGCGUAAGAACGUAUGCGUAAGAUAUAUAAGAGUGCAUGUGUAUACGCGUGUGUGUGUGUGUGCGUGCUCACAGGCAUAUAACGGAGAGAAAGAGAGGUGGUAGACAAAGCGGACGACUAAACGCGGGGAUAACUCCGAUACAGCUCGCGGCUAAACGAGAUAAGAGGAGCCCCUCGGGAGAUAAUACGUGCACGCGAGACAAACAGUGAAUGUGAAGUGAUAAUUGACCGAGAGCGACACGGUGGACGAUUAACGUUCACUCCCCCCCCCCCUCCAGGUUACCAGAUCGCCAUUACCAUUACCAAAACAGCGGGAGACCCUCGGCGCCGACACUACGUUUUUCACCGACAAGAUGAUGGGCAAACGGACGCAGUGUUAUCUGUGCGACCUGCCCAGGAUGCCUUGGGCGAUGAUAAUGGACUUCUCGGAGCCGGUUUGUCGCGGCUGCGUGAAUUACGAGGGCGCCGACCGCAUCGACCUAGUCCUCGAGUCGGCCAAGCAGCUGAAGAAGGCGCACGGCUUUCAGGACGCCCGGCCGUCCGCCUCCAAGACGUAUCGUACUGGUACGGGACACACCGAGCACAACGGCGGUACCAAUCUCGACAGCCACGAGAUCGCCAACAGCAUAAGGAACAAUCCACCUCGCUUGUCCAACGCCCAUCUGGCCGCGGUGGCCGCGCAUCAGAUGACCCUGCACAAUCGUGGCAUUACCCAGCUCAAACGCGGCAUCUCCGCGAUCGACGAGGAUGAACAUGCUGAGAAACGGCUGUCCCUCGAGGAGCAGCAUCCAGUUAGACCACCCCUGACACGCGGGGACUCUCUACCGGCGGUCAGCUUGGCCGUCAACUAUGUGGACCGGAACAAAGAGAAGCAUCCGGUGAGGGCGCCCAGCUUCGAGACGGCGACUACCUUCAAGGCCAACGGAGCAUACGUUGGGCCAUCCAUACCGUUGGCACCUGCCAAUGUCGCGGCCAAUGGUGGAGGAUCACCUCUUCGUCCAAGAACAAGUCCUCCACCACCGCCACCGCCGAGUCAGGAAGGCGCCAACGAUAAUUCACAAUCGAAUCAUCAUCAGGGCACAGCGAAUGGUCCGUCGCCAAUGGCCGCUUUAAUGUCAGUCGCUGACAAUCUAACAUCGCCUGAGCCGGUUCCACAGCCGCCGAACAAUCCCAGUCCUACCAGCAGAAGUCCACCGACUACAGCCGCGAACGCUCAGCAACGCAGUGCUUCUAGAGGCUCCCAGCACAGUCCGAACAGUUCAGGUUCGUCGGGCAGACGAUCCAGUAGUUCAAGGCAGGUGUCAUCCACGACCGUGACGACAUCCUCGGAGGGUGCAGUUGCUCAACCGACUGCCGGCUCUGAACCGGUCACGGCGCCGACCCUCAAGUGUACUCUGUGCCAGGAACGUCUGGAAGAUACGCACUUUGUGCAGUGCCCCAGCGUGCCACAUCACAAGUUCUGCUUCCCAUGCAGUCGAGAUAGCAUAAAGAGACAAGGUGCCGGCUCAGAGGUUUAUUGUCCGAGCGGCGAAAAAUGCCCGCUGGCGAACAGCCAGGUACCGUGGGCCUUCAUGCAGGGUGAAAUAGCUACCAUCCUAGGCGAGGAUAACGCGGGCACCGGGCUCAAAGUUAAGAAAGAAAGAGAAUCUUAAAGACCCUCUUUCAAUGUCGAAUCAGGGCUCAAAUUUUCUGUUCCUCUUUGUACAGAGGAGCUGUUAGAUGGUUGGAACCGUGAAGGGUUUCACCGAACGCUUUUGGUAACGGUGAUAAAGACUCGUUGGCGACACGCGGGAGAGCCAACGAAUGAUUCGAGCCAAAGACGUUGUCUGGUGCGAUACGGAUUCUCACGAAGUUGAUGUUGACGUCAAUGAUAAGGGGAAUACUAUGGGAAGGGAGGGAAAACGAAAGAAAGGGUGGGUAAGAUUGGGGGGAGGGAAAGUGGACGAUUUGAUUUUAUUCGAAGCCGACGGUUGAUGACGCGUUUUAGUAAUGUGAUCGGUAUCGUACGGUAUUUUAUCUUUUGCGACCGGUUUUGAGAAGAAGUCUUUGGCAACUUGCAUAUUGGCGGUCGAUUGUUCUGCUGCACACAUGUACAUAUGGAUUUCGUAGAGAUCGGUUGAAUUGACACGACGGAAAGCAGCGCAUUUUUCGCGGAGCGAAAAUUUAGAGGAGCAGUGCGCGACGUUGGGAUCGCGACGACAGUGAUGAUGCUGAUAAUUUGUUGCCCGGUUGGGUUUGUACUUAGGCUCGAUAUGCCUUUCUCCAUUGUCUCUUGUAUCGCGAGCAUAAUUGUCCGCGUUAUUUUACACAUACACGCGCAGACAGACACACACGCACACACACACACACACACAUGUAUACAGGAACAUACACACAGGCAAGUAUAUACUAUAUACAAUGUACAAGAACACAUUUCACGCACACUUCGAAACGGAAACUUGACUUGGUAUUGCGAAACGCACGCGACCGCAUUGUACUUUUAUUUUUUUUUUCGCGCACGUCUCCAUCGGAUGAUUGGAGUCGUGGAUUUAAUCGGGAGACACGGUCGUGUCUCGGCGCUAAGAGGAAGUGUAGAGAUAGCGCGAGACCAGCCGUGUCUCUUUAUUAAUGACUAACGCGAGAGACAAGUACUGUCUCCGCGGCUAUCGCCGCCCCUUUUUCUAUUCUUUCGUUUGUAUACUCUUUCUACUUAUACUCUUCACUCGUUGUAUUAUAUAAUAAUUAAAUAAACAUACGGCGGACACAUAUUCGGACCCAGCGCACGGGUUUUCUGUACAUUGUGUAUAUGUGUACAUACCUACAUUAUUAAUAAAGCGUAUAACUAAAAGAAUUUUUAAUGUUUUUUAAGUGUACAAAAAUCUAUAUUCGUUUUUGCGUUUUUGUCUUAUUAAAUUAUUAUUAUCCUCUGUCUCUCUUUCUCUCUGUCUCUCUCUUUUUCUUUCGUUUCUGCUUUCCUUUUUUGUUUUCGAACGAGAUAUGUCAUUAUCUCUCCGAAAGACGCCUUUUUGAUGCGUAGAGACACACGACGUCUAUCCUUACUUGUUUUCGGUUUCUCGCUCGCGAUGACACACGACGUUGCGUUUUACUCGCGCUUCUUACAAUCGCGCUCGUCCGGUCUUCGGGGGGAAAAAUAACAAGAGAAAAAAAAAAGUAGAGAAAUCACGUGAAACACGUGAGCACAUCGCGCCAUCCAGUCACUCCGCGAAGCGGAUUAUGUAAUAUGAUAAUAUGUCCGACUGUACAACGUCCACUUUCGCCUUUAGUUUAUGCGCUAGACCUUAAGUCGAGGGCCUUUUGGUUUUUCAUUUUCACCGAUGAAAAAGGCACGCCCGUCAAAAUAGGAACCACAUACUCGCUAUGUCUAAACGAUAAAAAAAAAAGAGUGAAGGGGAAAAAAGGCAGGCAGAGGCACUCGCUGGACGCGCCUGAGGGGGGAUCCUCUUCCGCGUGACAAUCGAGCGAUCCUCUCGCGGAAAGGGGUGACUCUUUUUUCUUGGGCGCGCGCGCGCGGGCGGCUCCUUUUGUAUAUAUUUGUACAAAACAGAUCGGCACACACAUACA